GUCACUAUGACAGUUGUUUUUAAAUGUCAUUAAUAUAUUAAUUUAGAAUUAUUUAAAUAUUAUUUUUGAAUUAAAAAGCUCGAAAUCUAUUUAGAUAAAAUGGAUAACGUUGGAGCCGAAGUAGGACAAAAAAUGAGGUCGGCCAUCAAGGCCAAACUACUAGAAUUAAACUGCUACGUCGAUGAUGAACUUCCUGAUUAUAUAAUGGUUAUGGUGGCGAAUAGAAGAUCUAAAUCUCAGAUGAAUGAAGAUUUGAAUCUAUUUUUGAAUACGAAAACAUCUGCAUUUGUGGAAUGGUUACACAUCGUUCUUAAAAAACUGAAAGAAGUCACAGUUACCAACCCAGAAGUUUAUAAAAAAGUGGCCAAAAGGAAAUCGAGUGAACAAAUAGAUGUUAAGGUUAAAAAAGAGAAGUUGAAAAGAAUUGAAAACGUGAAAAAAGAGAGUCAAAAUGAUCCUUUAAAAAAUUCUACGAGUAUUGAUAAGAAUAAUGCAGGGGAAUUUGAUAUACCUCUUCUAACAGAUAUAAAUUCAUCUAGUGAGAAUGAUUUAAAAGAAAUUGAAGCUAAAAUAAGAAAUGUUAAGAGCCGAUUAGGAAUAGUAGUAGACGGUGAUGUAAACGAAGAGAUUUUAAGAAUUAAAAUUGAAGAAGCUAAAAACAAUACUAUACAGCAAGUUGAACGAUAUAGUAGUCCAAAUGAAAGAGAAGUAGUGUUAAAUGAAGAAGAACAAGAUGAAAUUAGUUAUACCCCAGAAAAACCCCAUAGACAUUCACCAAUUAGGUUCGAAAAGGAAGAUUUCGUCAAAACUCCACCUAGAAAACCCUCAAUACUCUCUAGAUUGGGAAAAAGAGUUGCAAUCAGCAGCGAAUCAGAACAGAAAAAGAAGAAAACGAAUUUUUCUGAUACAACAAAGGAAGAAUCAAAUUUCGAAAGGAACAGUGAUAAGCAGAGGUAUAAAAGGGACGAAGAUAAGAAGAGAUCGAGUGAAAGAAAGUUUUCAAGAAACAGGAAGGAAUUGGAUGUUAGAGAAAGGGGGGAAAAGGUGAGUGUUUUAAGUAGACUUGGGGUGAUGUCGAAAAUACAUGUGCCGGAAAAACCUCUUGAGGAUCCUGAUAUUGAAGACGAAUUAAAAACUAGGGAAGUGAGAAGUAUGGUUCAAGUUAAACCAAGAGUUUUACCCCCAAUUACCAUCCAACCCAAUAAAAAUCUUCUACUGAAAGCUGUAGCUGAAGCUAAUAAGAGUGUUACUGAAGCCAAUUCCAAAGUUGCUUUGAAGUCGUCUAAAAUCGAUGAUGAAAACGUUUCGUCCACGAGAAAAUUGUCGCACAAAGAGAAAGUUAAAUUGAGGAAUCUCAUUCUAGCGCAAGUGUCUUUGGAAGAUAGUGAUGAUGGUGUAGACGGUGAUAAAUAUAUGGAAUAUGUACCUAAACCCAUUAAAAAAAUUGAUGCCAAAGGAUUGCCUGAAUAUGUCCCGUCAACCAGGACUUCGGUUGAUGAUAGAUCGGUCGAAGCGGCACCGGCGAAAAUUAGAAAAUCAGCCAAAGAACGAUUAGAAAGAAGAAAAUCUCCGUCUCCCAUUAUUUUCGAUAAAAUAUCUACCGUGGUGAAGACUAAAUCGGACGUACCGGAGACGCCGCUACCGAUCCACCCGCCGUCCAGCGUGAAAAUCCAAGAGAGGUGCAAAUAUUGGCCGGGUUGCAGACAGGGCGACAAAUGUGAGUUCGUUCAUCCGGUAACGGUUUGCGAAUCGUUUCCGAAUUGCGAAAACGGUGAUAAUUGUUCGAAAAUUCAUCCGAAUUGCAAGUUCGGUUCGGGUUGCACGAAACGCGAUUGUCCCUAUACCCAUUCGGUCGGUUCCGUUUCGGCGGUAACGCCGCCGCAUAUUUGCAAAUAUUUUCCUAAAUGCGCGAACGUCGCUUGUCCCUAUUUCCAUCCGAAAUUCUGCAAGUUCGGUAAAUAUUGUAAAAAUAAAAACGAUUGCGCCUUCUCCCAUUCGAAGAAUACCCUCAUACAUACGUGGAAAUCGAAAUGAUUCCGUUUCUUUUUUUUUUUUGUCGUCAAUUUCAUCGUCUCCGAUGGACGGAACUUGUCGUUUAUCCCUCGUAUUACUUUCUUCCUCUUUUUUUUCUUUUUCAUAAUUCGAUCGAUUCGUCGGUGGUCGGCGUAUUUUAAAAGGUGAAAUUUUGGUUUUUGACGUAUCGUUUCAAUUUUUGGCGUUGGACACAUUUUUUUUUUCUAGAUUUCUCGGCCGUUCUCAAUAUUUUCAAUUUUUAACGCUUUUCGCUGAUUUUGAAUCUGUUUUUAUUAUUUUUUUUAAAUAUCACUUCGAUUUAUGAUGUUCCGAGCCUUUUUUACCGAUUUUUUUGACAUUUCACGUAUAUUUUUGACGUUUGACGGUUAUUUUUUGCAUUUGACGUUUGACAUAUUUUUUUGACGUUUGACGUACUUGUUAGACGUUUGACAUCAAUUUUUGACGUUUGACACUCAUUUUUAACGUUUACCUUUUGACGUUUGACACUAAAUUUUUACGUUUGACACAUAGUUUUGAAGACGGUUACCAUUUUUUGAUGUGUGACAUCAAUUUUUGACAUUUGACACCAAUUUUUUGACGUUUGACUUUUAUUUUUUGUGUUUGACACUAAUUUUUGUCGUUUGACAUAUAGUUUUGAAGACGGUUACCAAUUUGUGAUGUAUGACAUCAAUUUUUGACGUUUGACACUAAAUUUUUACGUUUGACACAUAGUUUUGAAGACGGUUACCAUUUUUUGAUGUGUGACAAUAAUUUUUGACAUUUGACAUUUAUUUUUUGACGUUUGACUUUUAUUUUUUGUGUUUGACACUAAUUUUUGUCGUUUGACAUAUAGUUUUGAAGACGGUUACCAAUUUGUGAUGUAUGACAUCAAUUUUUGACGUUUGACACUAAAUUUUUACGUUUGACACAUAGUUUUGAAGACGGUUACCAUUUUUUGAUGUGUGACAAUAAUUUUUGACAUUUGACAUUUAUUUUUUGACGUUUGACUUUUAUUUUUUGUGUUUGACACUAAUUUUUGUCGUUUGACAUAUAGUUUUGAAGACGGUUACCAAUUUGUGAUGUAUGACAUCAAUUUUUGACGUUUGACACUAAAUUUUUACGUUUGACACAUAGUUUUGAAGACGGUUACCAUUUUUUGAUGUGUGACAAUAAUUUUUGACAUUUGACAUUUAUUUUUUGACGUUUGACUUUUAUUUUUUGUGUUUGACACUAAUUUUUGUCGUUUGACAUAUAGUUUUGAAGACGGUUACC